AUGUCAGACGGUCAACCCCAAACGCUCAAGACCAAGAGACACAACGUGCAUCGCCGGCGGCUUGAAGAUGUCGACUUCGAUUCUAGAUGGGGUGACGAAGAACCCGUCGAAGAAGAGGGCCAGGCUCCAGAGCCAGACUUUGCCGAAUCCUCCUCUAAACGCGUCAAACUAUCAGAUGGGUCUGCUGCGCCUCGGAUGAGAUCACUUUCUCCUGCCCAGGAAACCGCCGCAGAGAGAAUGAAGCGAGAAAGAGAUGAUGAUCUAACAAGCCGAGAUGAAUUUGCCAAGCGGCUGCAGGAUGCCGACAGAUCCAAGAAGGCCAAAGAUCGGUCGGCCGCAAAGACCAGUGUUGCAGCCCAAACUGCUCCCACCGAUUACUCCGAUACACGUCUCCAUUCCCGACAGCAAUACCUACAGAAACGGGAGGCACAGCAAUUAGCGUUAUUGAGGCAGACUGUUGAAGAGGACGAUGCCGAGUUGAGAGAACAUGGGGCAGCCCUUACCCGAAGAGAGAGAGACCAAAUCGAAAGGAACAAAGAGUUGUUACGUUUGGCAGAGGAAAGGUUAAACAUCGAUGAACACCUCGAUGGCUAUGCCCUCCCUGAGGACUAUAUCACUUCCAAAGGAAAGAUUGACAAACAAAAGAAAGAGGCAGCCCUUUAUCAGCGGUAUAUCGACAGAGACGAAUCUGGUCGUGAAAAAUUCGUGACUGAACACGAACAAUGGGAGCAAGAGCAGACGAGACGAGCUGAAGGCCAGAUCAAAAGGGCACAGUAUACUGACGACGACUAUGGCUACGUCUUUGAUGAAAGCCAACAGAUGAAGUUUGUCCUAUCUGAGACAUUGGGCGGAGACCUCGGGAAAGCGAUGACACGCGAACAAAGAGAGCUGGCUGAGAGAUUGAAUGCAGCAGAAGCGAAGGCAAAGAGUAUCGACGCCACCAGAAAGAGCUUACCCAUCUACCAGUUUCGAGAGGAGAUCAUUCAAGCUGUGCAAGAACAUCAAGUCCUGAUCAUUGUUGGUGAGACAGGAAGUGGCAAAACGACACAGCUUCCUCAGUAUCUUCACGAAGCUGGCUAUACCAAGGGCGGUAUGAAGAUUGGUUGUACUCAACCGCGCCGCGUCGCGGCGAUGUCUGUGGCUCAUCGCGUUUCCCAGGAGAUAGGUGUCAAGCUUGGUAGAGACGUCGGAUAUGCCGUUCGAUUCGACGUCCAGAGUUCUCCUGACACCAAGAUCAAAUACCUCACCGACGGCAUGCUUUUACGCGAAUUGCUCUCUGACCCCGAGCUAAGUGAGUAUUCAGCAUUGAUGAUAGACGAGGCCCACGAAAGGACCGUCAGCACCGAUAUUGCCCUCGCUCUCCUAAAGGAUAUUGCCAGAGCCAGGCCUGAGCUGAAAUUGUUGAUCUCUUCAGCUACAAUGGAUGCGCGAAAGUUUCAGCGAUACUUCGACGAUGCUCCGAUUUUCAAUAUACCAGGCCGGAGAUACGCUGUUGACGUUCACUAUACCGCCCAGCCAGAGGCCAACUAUCUCGCGGCUGCCAUCACAACUGUUUUUCAGAUCCACAUCACUCAAGGCACUGGUGACAUCCUAGUCUUCCUGACUGGACAAGAAGAGAUCGAAGCUAUGGAGGCUAAUCUAAUGGAAACUGCACGGAAACUUGGAAGUAAAAUAAAGGAAAUGGUUAUUUGUCCUAUAUAUGCGAAUCUUCCAACUGAUCUGCAGUCAAAGAUCUUUGAGCCCACACCUCCAAACGCCAGAAAAGUCGUCCUAGCCACCAAUAUCGCAGAGACAUCUCUGACAAUUGACGGUAUUGUCUAUGUGAUUGACCCUGGAUUUGUGAAGGAGAAUCAGUACAAUCCUCGAACUGGAAUGGAGUCCCUGGUUGUGGUACCUUGCAGUCGUGCGUCAGCAGGGCAGCGUGCAGGACGAGCGGGACGUGUUGGACCAGGCAAGUGCUUCCGCUUGUAUACGACUCAGGCGUACAAAAACGAAUUGGAGGAGAACACAACUCCUGAGAUCCAAAGGACAAAUCUCUCAGGCGUGAUCCUCAUGCUUAAAUGCUUGGGUAUCAAUGAUUUAUUGGAUUUCGAUUUCAUGGAUCCUCCAUCGACUGAUACCAUCGUACGUGCUGUGGAAGGAUUGUACGCCUUAGGAGCAUUAAACAAUGCCGGAGAGUUGACCAAGAUUGGUCGUCAAAUGGCCGAGUUUCCAACGGAUCCCAUGCUUGCACGAUCUAUCUUGGCUGCUGACAAAUACGGCUGCACGGAAGAGAUGCUUUCAAUCAUCGCUAUGCUCGGAGAGGCUUCUGCGCUAUUCUUCCGACCAAAGGACAAGAAAAUCCAUGCGGACAGCGCACGUGCUAGAUUCACCAAUAAAGACGGUGGUGAUCAUCUUUCACUUCUAAACAUCUUCCAAGAAUGGACUGAUUCUGACUACAGCUACGUAUGGGCGAAGGAGAACUUCCUGCAACAACGAAGCCUCACCAGGGCUCGAGACGUCCGUGACCAGCUGGCAAGAUUAUGUGACCGGGUCGAAGUAGACCCGAACAAGACCUGUGGUGGAUCGUCGAACAUCGAACCCAUUCAGAAGGCCAUAACGGCUGGCUACUUCCCGCAUUCUGCACGGCUCCAACGUGACGGCCAGAGUUAUCGCACGGUCAAGAACGGUCAGGUGGUUUAUAUUCACCCUUCUGGUGUUUUGAUGGACAAUCAACCGAAAUGGCUCAUUUAUCAUGAGUUGGUCUUGACUAGUAAGGAGUAUAUGAGGAGUUGUAUGCCGCUCAAGCCGGAAUGGCUGAUUGAAGUUGCGCCUCAUUAUUACAAGAAAAAGGACUUGGAGACGCUGGGUGUCGAGCGGAAAGUCCCAAGGGGUGAAGGCAAGGCUCAGAGUAAGAUAUGA